CGCCCCAAGUCCUUACUUCCUCUCUGCAUUUCCCAACCCAUUGCAAGCCGAGAAAAAGCGCCAACUGCUGAUUCCUCUCCCACCUUUACUCCGAUUCUUUCUCCGUCUCCAAUUUUCGAGCUAAAGCCCCCUCUGUGCCGCGAAAGCUUCCCGCCGACGACCCCGUUCCCGCCGAAGACUUUUAUCAAAAGUCAAGACUGAAUUCCUUGAAGCUCAUUCUUGGCAGUAUUCUUAUUGUCUGAUUUCCCGGCGCAGCGAGUUGGCUUUUGAGCGGGGGUUAUUCAGAGUUGACUCCCGUUCACGAUGUUCUUCUCCGGCGAUCCGACGUCUCGGAAGCGGGUCGCCUUGGGAGGGCGGAGUUCAAAGGAGAGAGACACGCAGAAGCUUAUGGAGCAGACGAGGAUGGAGCGUGAUCGCAGAUUGUGGCAGCGGAAGCAGAAUGCGGCCGCAAUCAUAAUUCAGAAAUGCUUCAGAGGUAGAAAGGCAGCAAAAGCAGAACGUGCUAAGGUGCGGGAGCAGUUCCUUUCAAGAUAUGGAAGUUAUUGCCAAAAUACAGACAGGCGUUGCUUUUGUGAAGAUUCAGAUUACCUCCGCCAGCUGUUCUUUUUCUUUAAUGCUAGGAAUGCUGGUGAUUACACCGUUCUCGUGGAGACCUGUAGAGGGAUGUUGAAUCUAGUUCAAGAUAAUGUCAAUAUUGUGAGCCUUUUUGCUGGCGUGGAUUAUUUAGCAGUGCAUGCUCUGGUGGAUCAUCGGGUGAAGAACCUUGCCUAUAUCUGUAUUCUGUCACUAUAUCAAAAUAGAUCACGUUUUAGGCAGCAACUGCUUGUACCAGAUGCAGAAUCUGUCAUGCAAUCUACUGUAUUGCUUGAAGCUGUGGCCGCUUUGAUCGAUCCCAAACUUCCAUGGGCAUGCAAGACUGUUAGUUAUAUUUGCCACAGAAAUGUGUUUGCUCUUUUCCGCGAAAUUGUCCUCGCUGAAAGGGAAAAUGUGAAGACCUCCAGCUCUACUGGAAAACAGUCCGGAGUGGAACACAUUCUUGGGUUCAUGAUUUCUCACACUGGCCAGAAUUCAUGUACCUGCCCCAAUGUUGAUCCACAAUUCAGUUUUUCCUCACAGAUGCUUACAGUUCCUUUCCUAUGGAAGUUUUUCCCAAGUUUAAAAGGGGUUUUCUCAACUCUGGGGCUGAGCCAGCAUUACAUUCAUCAGAUGUCACUGUGUCUGCAAAAUCAUGCCAAUCUGCUGCCCGGUGAUAUAUCUGCAGAGUAUCCUGGUUAUGCCUGCCUGCUUGGAAAUAUUUUAGAAGCUGCUGGAGUUACGUUAUCGCAGCCGGCAUGUCCAUUUGAAAUGGCUAUUGACCUUGCGGCUGUCACAACGUUCCUGUUGGAAGCUCUUCCUCCCAUAAAGUCUUCAACUCAGAAAGCUAAAGAGGAUGCAGCUAUGAUUGAAGAGGAUGCGGAUUCUGGUGAUGACAUCCAAAUAGCUUUGGACGAAGAUUUGGAGCGGCAGAUAAUAAGCAGUAUAGAUUCACGCUUUAUGCUGCAAUUGAAAUGUGUUAUGCUGCAGAUAAAUAUCUUAUUCGGCGGAAUUUCAUCAGUUGGAGAUGACAGAUCAGUUGUAGCUAUUGGUGCUGCUUGUGCCUUUCUGCAUGUCACGUUUAACACGUUACCCAUCGAGCGUAUAAUGACUGUGCUAGCUUAUAGAACUGAACUUGUUCGAGUGCUUUGGGAGUUCAUGAAAAACUGUCAUGACAAUAAAAGGUGGUCGUCAUUGCCUGAGCAUCUCUCACUUGUACCAGGGGAUGCACCUGGUUGGUUGUUACCUUUGGCUGUUUUCUGUCCUGUGUAUAAGCAUAUGCUUAUGAUAGUCGAUAAUGAGGAGUUUUAUGAACAAGAAAGACCACUAUCAUUGAGGGAUAUCCGAUCCUUAAUUGUUAUAUUGAGACAGGCAUUAUGGCAACUGCUGUGGGUUAGUCCUACGCAUCCCAAUGCCUCAGCAAAAACUGCAUUGCGUGGGAACACAUCCAAGCAGAAUCCUUACGAAUUUGUUAAAAACAAAGUUAGCAUUGUUGCCUCUGAGUUGCUCUCCCAGUUGCAAGAUUGGAAUAACAGAAGGGAAUUUGCACCACCAAGUGAUUUCCAUGCGGAUGGUGUUGAUGAUUUCUUUAUUUCUCAGGCUGUAAUAGAUGGAACUAAAGCAAAUGAAAUAAUGAAGCUAGCUCCUUUUCUGAUUCCUUUCACAAGCAGGGUCAAGAUAUUCAAUUCGCAACUAGUGGCAAUCAAGCAAAGACAUGGGCCUCAUGGUGUUUUCGCAAGAAACAGAUUUAGAAUAAGACGAGACCAUAUUCUAGAAGAUGCUUAUAAUCAAAUGAGUGCACUAUCAGAAGAGGAUUUGCGAGGAUUGAUACGUGUGACAUUCGUCAAUGAGCUCGGAGUGGAGGAAGCUGGCAUUGAUGGUGGUGGGAUCUUCAAAGAUUUCAUGGAAAACAUAACUCGAGCUGCAUUCGAUGUGCAGUAUGGUUUAUUCAAGGAAACAGUUGACCAUCUUCUAUAUCCUAAUCCUGGAUCGGGAUUGAUACACGAGCAACAUCUGCAAUUUUUCCAUUUCCUUGGGUCUUUGCUUGCAAAGGCUAUGUUUGAAGGUAUUCUGGUUGAUAUUCCAUUCGCCACAUUCUUCCUGAGCAAACUGAAGCAGAAGUUCAACUAUCUGAAUGAUUUGCCCUCGCUAGAUCCAGAAUUGUACCGCCACCUUAUAUUCCUUAAGAUGUAUUAUGUCCAGCAUUAUCAAGGUGACAUCGCAGGGUUGGAGCUCUACUUUGUUAUUGUGAAUAAUGAAUACGGAGAACAAACGGAAGAAGAGCUUCUUCCUGGGGGCAGAAAUUUGCGUGUUACUAAUGAGAACGUCAUCACCUUCAUUCAUCUUGUUUCCAAUCAUCGGUUGAAUUUCCAGAUACGACAGCAAAGCUCUCAUUUCUUGAGGGGCUUUCAACAGCUCAUACAGAAAGAUUGGAUAGAUAUGUUCAACGAGCACGAACUUCAGCUCUUGAUAUCUGGUUCACUCGAAAGUUUGGAUGUUGAUGAUCUUCUCACUCACGCCAACUAUGCUGGUGGUUAUCACAAAGAGCAUUAUGUUAUCGACAUGUUCUGGGAUGUCAUCAAAGGCUUUUCAUUAGAGAAUCAAAAGAAAUUUCUGAAGUUUGUUACUGGUUGCUCUCGAGGACCGUUGCUUGGAUUCAAAUACCUGGAGCCCUUAUUUUGCAUACAGAGGGCUGCUGGUAAUGCCUCUGAUGAAGCUCUUGACCGGUUGCCGACAUCAGCUACCUGCAUGAAUCUACUAAAGCUUCCUCCUUACAGAAGCAAGGAGCAAAUGAAAGCAAAAUUGCUGUAUGCAAUUAAUGCAGAGGCUGGUUUUGAUCUCAGCUGAAUGCAAACCAUGCUAAGACCAGGUGGUCAGUCAUGGAGGAGAGCGCGACUGGUCUCGCCAGAACUACUGCUUCUGCGAAUGUUGGUAUUGUAUAGUUCCUCGUCGCUAGAGGCGAAAAUUUCUUGGCAGGAGAGCGAGACAACAAUUCUACAGCAGAAGAUCCUACAUUGACGGACUUGGAAACUGGCACAAAGGUGUAUAUAUUUCAAGGUUAGAUAUGGAGGGUUGUAAUGAAAUGAAAGCUGUAUCCUUCUUGGAUCUAGGACUGUUGAUUUGUAUUUCUUUAGAAUCCUCCAAAUGGUCUCUAGUCUGUACAUUCUGUUUGAUCUCCACGUCUCAGUUUUUUGCUGAGAACUGAGGCUGAUGCUUCAUGUAGCUAGAGUUGUCCAUUGAUCAUGGCAUUGGGGCAUGAAGUGUUGAUGAAUCACAACAGACUUCUCGGCCUCUUUUUUCCCCAAGUUUCGAAAAUAAAUAGGGUUGUUGAUAAGUAGCUAAUUUCCGAUAAACAUAAGUAAUUGAAAAUAUGGAUUGUACAGAAAUUGUAAGCGAAUAACUCGGUAGAAAGUUUGUUGUGUGAUUCUAUCAUUUUAUAUCCAUG